CUGUUGCCCCGGGUUUAGCGGCUCUCGUGCCCCUCCUGGGUCCGCGGCGGCCUGGCCCAAUGGCGCCUCAGCGGAGGGGACCACCUAGAGUUCCCGAGGGAAGUAGUGCAGCCGAGCGCCGGCGCGCGAACAGCACCAAGAAGGACCGGCUGCCUCAGGAGGCACAGAGGUCAUGGCUAAGGACUGUGGUCUUUGGAGUUGGCCUUGCUCUGAUCACAUUCCUGUUCUGGAGUCGUCUGGGGAUGGAUGAUGAUGUUGCUGAAGUCUUGGCCCAUCGUGGUGAGGUCCUGGAAGGCAGGUUCAUUGAGGUUCCCUGCUCUGAGGACUAUGAUGGUCACCGGAGAUUUGAAGGCUGUACUCCCAGGAAGUGUGGCAGAGGUGUCACUGACAUGGUGAUUACCAGGGAGGAGGCGGAGCAGAUUCGCAGAAUAGCAGAGAAGGGACUCUCUCUAGGCGGAUCAGAUGGAGGGGCAUCUAUACUGGACUUGCACUCUGGGGCCCUGUCUGUUGGGAAGCAUUUUGUGAACCUGUACAGAUACUUUGGGGAUAAAGUACAAAAUAUCUUCUCUGAGGAGGACUUCCAGUUAUAUAGGGAUGUGCGGCAGAAGGUCCAGCUCACCAUUGCUGAAGCCUUUGGCAUCAGCUCAUCCUUGUUGUAUCUGACAAAGCCCACAUUCUUCUCCCGAAUAAAUAGCACAGAAGCCCAGACAGCUCAUGAUGAGUAUUGGCAUGCACAUGUGGACAAGGUGACCUACGGCUCUUUUGACUACACUUCACUGCUUUACCUCUCGGAUUACUUAGAGGACUUCGGUGGAGGGCGCUUUGUGUUCAUGGAGGAAGGGUCCAACAAGACAGUGGAGCCCAGAGCUGGUAGGACACAGCCUGGUCGAGUCUCAUUCUUUACCUCAGGCUCUGAGAACCUGCACCGGGUGGAGAAGGUCCUCUGGGGCACCCGCUAUGCCAUCACCAUUGCUUUUACCUGCAACCCUGACCAUGGCAUCAAGGAUCCAGUACUCACGUAACGAGCUAGGUUGUGUCCCGAGGACCAUGUCUGGAAGCCUGUGGGUGGCACCCUAGUGUUGGGACACAGCCCUGUCGAUGAAGGCACGCCCAGGCCAGGCUGAACGUGUGCUCACACACACACACCCAUUUCAGCCCAUCGCUGCACAGAGUGCCUUAUGAAUUAGCCUGAAUUUUGUUUUGCUGGUGUUUUAAUAUUUUCAUCUGUGAGUAAAUCAAGGAAGGAGCCUUUCA